UGGCUCCGCCUGUCUGCGCUUGCGCAGAGUCUGCGGAGUUUUUUGUGUUUAUAUUUGAAAACACUUCAACGGCGUUUCUAACAAGUUGUAUUUCACUGGUUAAAGCCGUUAUUAACAUAAUUUGAUCACAUAUUUACGAUCCUUAACAUGGGAAUUUGAUUACACGAGACACAUUUUCCUGCUGGUGUUCGUGUAAAGAAAUAAAAUCGAUUUAUUCAUCCUUCCUGAGGACCUUUACAUUAAUCUGACAAUGUUUCCUGUGAAGAUGAUGACUCCAUUAAAGCCCUCCAAACAGACUACGGCUGCAGCAUCAAAGAUCAAAAAUAAAAUUCUCAAUACAUCCUCCUUUUUCAAGGUCUCUUUGAAGACCAACAACAAGGCCUUGGCUCUUGCCCUGCAGGCCCAGAAAGAAAGGAGCAGGCAGCUUCAGAUGGAGGUGGUGUACCUGCAGAAACAGGUGGAGUCUCUCUGCUUCGAACUAGCCACCAAGAAAUACAAACAAAGGAAGCUGCUGCUCAUCUUGAAAAACCUGCAGAGCAACACUCUGCAGCACCUGGACAUGGCGGUAGAGCUCAUCUCCGACAGUGAUUCUCAGACACCAUCGGAGAACUGCGAAUCCAAAGGAAAUCCUGCAGUGGGAAGUUCCAACAAACUGUUAACGAUGCAGCCAGAAAUUUGGAGGAAUUUCUCGGAGAAUCUGCCAGAAAAACGAAGUAGUGAGGAAGGCCUCAGGGUCCUGAGCAGAUGCAGUGAAACCACCGACAUUUAUAACGAUAAUUUUGCUGCUGAGAAAAGAAGUUCAGGCCAGCAGGCACAAACGACCCCGGCAGAAACGUCCCGUUCGUCCACCAGCAGCCUGCGGGAUGAAGUAGAGCGCCUGUCCACAAUAUUUUCUCAGUCUGGAUUCGAUGUGAAGUCCGUCCUCUGUCAUCAGAAAAGUGAGACCCGUGAAGACUCGCCACCAUCUCUUUCUGGGGAUGUCCACCCCUCCACUGGCUCCACCCUGGAAACCGAACCUCAGCUCAGCAUACACGAGAAAACUGUUGUUCUCGAUACAACAAUGGAAAUGACCAUUAGUAACGCUGCCGAGAUCGUCGCCGUGGAAACCAAAGCCAAGAAAAAAUCCUCCUCAAAGCUGAAAGACAAGAAAAGCCUGAAGAAGGCCUGGGGUACUGGUGCAGAGGUACAGGACUCGUUAGAUCUGAGGCCGAACGAGGAACCUCCCGGCACCUUGGAGGAUGUCAACGUUCCAGAAGUUCUUGAGCCUCAGUUGCUCAAAAUCACCCACAGGAACCUCACAGUAUCUCAUAUUCCUAGACUGGGCAAACAAAAGAAACCCUCAAAGAAAACUUCAAAAUCCCCUGAAGUUGUCUCAGACUUGGAAGACUAUUUUUCAGAUCCUAAAGUUACAUUUUCAAGAGCCAGCUCAAGUCCAUCAGAACAAGAUACGGCAACACCCAGGAUCACCAUCAGGAGGUCCAGAACUAAAAGCAGAAAGCUGUCAGCCGUUUCCCAACAGCCUUCGCUCUCUUUGACAUCUCAUGAUGACGAUGAUGACGAUGGGAGCAGGCAGCUCUAUGAUGAAAAGAGAGAACAAAACAAAGACCAACAACAACCAGAAGAGUUCCUGUUCUGUGCAGAAAAGGAGUGUCGUCCAGAGUCAGGACUCGUGGUGUGUCUGCCUCCUGGUGGCGUCAUGAAGACAAAUCAGAAACCAAAUUGCAGGGAGACAUUUAUCGUCUCUGUUUUCAGGGACAGCACCUCAUCAACCCUGGACCAGAACCCAAUACGUCCUGAAGGAUCCAGCUGUGAGACAGAGGAGCUGCUGGCGGCUGUGGCUGAAAACGUAGACAUACAAUACUCCCAAUCAAAUCCACUCAUGAAGGCCCAUAGCUCUUGGAAGCGUCCUCGUCCUGACCUUCCAGAGCCCCAGAGCGUCCAGGACGGCUCGAAAUGCAGCGAUCAUCUUGGAGGCCUACCUCCAGACCGACUCGCAGCCUCAGCUUCAGAGUUUCCAAAAUGUAAAAAAGCCAGAAGAGAAGAAACAGGAAGAUCCAGCAAAAAGAAAGCUGAGCCAUCAGCAGAGGGUGACGGCCUUUUAAAUGAGAAGCAGAAGAAGAGCAAGAAGAAAAGUAACCGCAGUCACCAAAAGCAGAGAUACGAGGAGGCAGCGAGCUGUCCUGAACACGGUGAUGAGAACCACGACUCAUCUAAAGAUCUGAACAACACAGAACCCAAGAUGGUUUCCACGCUGCACAGAAAGACCUUAAAGCUGCACAAAGAAAGCAGAAAUCUCCGGGAGACGUUCGUCGUCUCCAGACGGAAAACUCAAGACAGAAGUGAAGACCCGUCUCUGAACAGCACGAGGACGUCUGCUGCGAUGGAUGGCAUUCAUCAGAGCGUAGGAGACCUGCUGAUGCACGAGCUGCCGCCGUGGCUGCUCAACGACGUCAGCACAGCAAGUACUGAGUCUGGAUCUGCAGCCUGCACCCCCGUCAGGGCGACCAUGACACACGAGUCUCCCGAUGUCACAGUGGAAUCCUCUCCAGUUGGCAGAGUCCUGACAAUGCUGACGAACACCAUGAUGACCCUGGACAGUGAAAACAGAGGGAGAAGCAGGAGGAGAAACUGUGUGGUCAGUUAUAAGGAGCCACCCCUGAACAGUAAAAUUAGACGUGGAGAUAAAUACACCGAAACCACCUUCCUGAGUUCUCCAGUGUUUAAGGACGGCAAGAAGAAGAAGAAGCCGAAGAGGACUGAAGACUGAUUUUUUUUAUUAUAGUUACUUUUUUUACUAUUAUCUACUAAUUUAAUUGUGUUUCAACUCGUUUCUUUUAUUGGUCAAUAAAAGUCUUUGUUG